AUGAAGUUCUCCACCCUCAUCGUUCUUUCAGGCUCUUCGUUCGCCAUCGCAACGGUAUUGGAGGCCAGGCAGCGGCCAUGUGCCGAAGACAACUGCUGGAGUGCUAUCUGGGGCACCUGGCCGGUCCCGGAUCAGACUCUUACUGCCUUCUCCGACUGUCAAAAGUACAUGACAACGUCUGUUGUAGUUUAUCCGCUUACUACUGUUUUCGUGCUUGAAACAAGCACGUUGACGGCAAUGCCUAGUUGUACUGCUACUCCAGGAACCUCUGCUAGUCCUGGCAGUUCUUUGAGCUUGAGCAGUCUUCCCACCUAUGUCACUUCGACAGAGCCUGCAAUCUCAAUCUCAUUCUCACCUGGAGAAACGCCUUCAGCAAUGCCCAAAAAUGCGAUCAUCGAGGCACGUCAAGCCGUAACCUCACGACCCUCCUCUACAGUCACAAUCUACGGUCCCAUGCCCGCUUAUGCUACUCCAGUAUGUGAAGGUGCAAGGUACGCCAGUGCCUGCGGUUGUAAGCAGAUUGUCGAAACUGUCAUCACCCUGAUCAGCACUACGAUGACUACUUCCUCCACACUCACGUUGACCGACACAACAAUCGAGUCAUGCAGCACAAUUUUCACUAUCACCAUGACACACGAUUCUUCCACAUCUAUGGCUACUCUCACGAUGACUUCUAACCCAGACGAUACCUCUACUGGCACCGGAACUGGCACCGGAAGCAUCACACCCACAUUCUCAAGUUCUCUUCCCACAGACCCUCCUUUUACCAACUCAACAACUACUGCGCUCCCCUCUCUCAAUACAACGACGGCUUUACCUCCGUUCACAAACACUACAGUCAGUUCGCCGACAUUUACGAAUACCACAAUUGCCACCCCAACUUCCAGUCCACCAAUCUGCAAUGGCCCCGGUGUUGCCUUCUGCGGCGGCAUAGGAUGCGUGGACACCAAGACCGACACUGAUAACUGCGGCCGUUGCGACAACAAAUGCGCACCUGGCAUGUACUGCGUCAACGGCGUUUGUGCACGAGAACCGUGCGACUCGGACUGCAGCUGGGACAGGUACUGCUCGCCCGGCAAUGGUACUCUCGCCUGCAUCUGCGCCUCCGAGGAGCAGGGUUCUGGUAUUUGCUUCGACAAGGCCCGCUAUCAGUGCUCGGAUCCUAGUCUUCAGAAGUGUAGAACGACCUUUGGAAGAGUUGGGGGCUGCCCGGUUGGCUCAGUUUGCGUUAAGAGCAUUUGCAAUUGUUCGGAUGGUCCUCAAGAUGAUAACGUGGGUAUCUGUGUUAGUUCUGCGGGCUGCGGAGAAACGGGUGCGCAGGUUCUGGGACCACUGGUUAGAAUUGGGCAGAUGGAGAAGCGGCGUCGGUCGUUCAGUCUUGAGAUGUGA